AUGGUUCAACGUGUAUGUCCUGUAUGUCAAACCACGAAAUUUAAAAAAUCCAAAAGCACACUCGUCUGUAAAUAUGGUCACCAAAUACUUGAUUACGUUGUUGAAGAAGGAGAAGACGGUAUGGGCUCUGGCAGAGAGCGUAAGCGGGCGAGGAACAUCAAAAGCAUCUCUGAUUCCGGUUAUACUCCACUGGAACAAAGAAGUAAUUGGAUCAAGAUGUGCCACUAUGCAUUGAAAGUCAUGACUCGUUGUAUGGUCCAGGAACUAGGGUUUUCUCGUGAAUUGGAGAUAACUGUCAGAAAAUUAUGGAUGUUGUAUCUAAGUCAUGCCAAAAUUGAACUGGCGGAUGCGUAUGCAUUCGAUGUGGACAGCAGCAAUACAGCGGAGGACGAAGAACGCUUAAGGCGACUCAAAGAAAGUGAUCUAUUUGGAAAUGAAGAUGCAGACGAUGCUCAUAAUGCGGAAGCUCUGUUAGAAGAAUCUGAUACAGAGAGCGAUUCCGAUAUUGAUAAAGAGGAGGAGAAAACCAACGAACCAAACAAAGGUCAAGAGAGCAAUAUAAAAGUAGGCCCACUUGAGAGCAUGGAUCAGAAAAAGCAGCGGCAACGGUGGAAGGCAGGUCGAUCAUGGCCGUCGCUUACCUACGUUGAUACGCUAGCUUUUCUGUACUUAGCCUGCAUCUAUCUGCAUUAUCCAAUUAUAGUUGGUGAUUUUGUACGAUGGUGUAAGACAGAGCAACUUCCCUUCUUGCAAAUGCAAGAGCAUAUCCCCGAAGAUAUUCUAUCUCAUGCUGGCGAGCGAGCGCAUCGUAUGACUGUGCUGCCUAAUUCAGACUAUCUGUUAAAAAGAACGCGUCGUUAUGCAUUCUGUUUCAUACGGUUAUGUAAAGUUAUUUUUCCUCCAGUGAACAUACAUUUACUUUUAAAUCGAUUCUGUGAUCAGUUUCACCUUCCAGUGGCAGGAUAUUAUUAUGCUUACCAUUUAUAUCGAAGAAGUAACCUGAAGCAUGAGCAUGAUUUUAGCAAAGCAAGGCAUCAACAUGCCUCCACUGUCUUGAUGGCUUGUGUGUUAGCAACGGCUAAACUAUUUUACGGUGUCGUAGAUAAUCAAAGCCAUUGUAAACUUGUGUCUGAAUAUAAUCCCGGAGUAACCAAAGGGGAGUGGCUGUCCAAGAUACGUGCCAAUUUGAAUCGAUGGAAGCAAAUAGACAAAGAUGUACAUAGCUUAGAAAAUAUCAUUCGUUUACUUCAACAAGGUUUUGUCAAGCAUAAAAUUAUGGCACAUCAAAGUGAUAAGCAAUUUUUACCGUUGAAUGUUUUCAGACAAGAUUCAGAAGCUAAGAAUGUGCUUCGAAAUAGACAAGCGAGUAUUUUAAUUCGUAACAAAUAUGACGUUUUGAUGAAAACAGAGUCUACCUCAAGAAGCAAAGGCCGACUACCAGAUUAUAAUGACGCCUUCGACAUUGGAAGUAUUUUGGAGACUUAUACUCAUAAAACCAUAGUUGAGGAACCUGAAACCGGACUCGCUGAGCGUACGGUUGUCAAUACUAAAGAACGAGCUUCAAACGUCACAGGAGAGAUGGAAGAACCUGUGUCUACUGCUUCUAAAGAUGGAAGCAGAAUUCAAAUUGGCGAGAUGUUUUAUACGAAGAAUGAAAGUUUAGAAAGGCCUUCACCGAAAAUUUAUCUAGAUCUUAUCAGUCUGGCAAACUACAUAUUAGCUUGUGAUGAGCAUGACAGCGGAAUCGCAUAUAGGUUAAGAAGAGUAGAUAAAAAAAUCAUGGCAGAUUCUAAAUCAAGUCUGGCAGAUCCGUCUAAGGUCUACUUAUCUUUUGAAUAG